AUGGAGAUUGAGGCCUUCCAAAUUGAGAACGACCGCGAAUCCUUUAUUCCAAGGCCAAAUCUUGGCGGUCGAGGCGCCGUCAACACGUGGUUGCUCGGGAUUGCCCUGUCUUUACUGGUCUACUGCUUUGCGGCCACUUUUUACGUGUAUUUGUUGAGUGGUGAGGCGAAUGAGAAAUGCCAGAAUCCACAAAGUUCGCACCUGUCGGCGAAAACUCGCACGGUAUGUCCAAAAGAUUGGCUACCGGCUGCGGAAUUUGCUAAAUGUUACAAGCCGGUGGAGACUAGCGAGACGCACGAAUUCGCAAAGCUGGCUUGCAAGCGCGAUGGAGCAGAGCUACUGACCCUUGGCAGUUCUGCAGAAAGCGAUUUUGUCGGAAAUCUGCCGUUCCGCGACGGUACCGUCAAAGAUCAAGAUGGUUUUUGGUUGGGUCCUACUUUUGAGGGAACCCCUCGUGAAUUCGUCGGCCCUCGAGGCGAAACUGGACUUUUCGAAAAUUUCGCUCCAGAUGGACGAAACGGUUCUGGUGUAAAUGAGCGCUGCGUCAUUUUAAGGGGUAAAAAAUGGGCCAACACCUGGUUCAGCAUCUCUUGCACCCAGACGACGUAUUUCAUUUGCGAGAUUCGGCUUGAUAAAUAU